GUGUUCCUGAGCCCAACCCCAGAGUCGUGGAAGCUGAAGCCACCUCUCCUCGGCCGUCUGAAUGGACUUCAGUGAGGAUCAGCCCUGGGGAGGAUACAGUCGGGCAGAACGUACUGGCUGUACGUGUCCUAGUCACCAGUGAGGACAGCAGCUCUGAUACAGAAUCCGACUACGGCAGCAUCACAGCCCCCUGUGCAGAGGCCUAUGAAGAAAGACCUCAGCUUCCAGAAUCCCCACCUCUUUCAAAGCCCCUAACCCGGCACAUCUCCCUACGGGAGACCCUGACCCAACCAGUCUCUCUGCUACUACACCAUGAAGAGCCACAAGCUCUGCCUGCUCUGCAGCGGGCCCAUAGCCUCCAGUCUCCAACUUCAAGCAAAUACCAGAACUGGAGAAGAAGAUUCCAGUCCAAUUCAACACCCAUGAACCAAAGAGCACCAUCGUCUCCAAAGGAGCCUCCUCCUCCUCCAUCUUCGUCUUCUUCAUCUUCCCUCCCAUCUUCAUUUUCUUCAGCCAGUGUACCUGGGCACACUACAGACGAUUCCUCCUCUCCCCAGGUGCCAGCUUACAACCUCCACUCCCCACAGAUCUCCAGAGGCGAUGUCAGCCCCACUCCAAUCUACCUCAGACGUGCCAGGGCUCACGGGAUUGCGAAGGAAAUUCCCCUCUAUCUGCCUCAUAGCCCCAUGCUAGAGAGCACAGAAGACUGCCUGGUGGAGCCCGGUAGAGAAAGCCUCAGAAGUCCUGAGGAGAUCUCAGCUUCAGAGGGCUGCCAGGAAGCACAGGCUCUUGGAAACACCAGAAGCAUACACCACCCCAUUUCAGGGAAGGACCAGUAUUUGCCCAAUCAAAACCUAGCUCUUGGUGCUGCAGGGAACCCUGGAGACCUGAGUGAGGAAUCCAGGAUGGGACAGCCAGGUGGACCAGAGCUGUCCAAAGAAAGGAAGUUGGGCUUAAAGAAAUUAGUCCUCACUGAGGAGCAGAAGACCCAGUUGCUAGACUGGAGUGACUACACCCAGGAGCACAAGACUGGGGAGCAGCUCUCUCAGGAAAGUGCUGAGAACAGCAGAGGUGGUAGCCUGAAGCCAACCUGCUCUUCUACCCUCUCUCAGGCGGUGAAAGAGAAGCUGCUAUCCCAGAAAAAGGCCCUGGGGGGGAUGCGUACCCCAGCUGUCAAGGCACCUCAGGAGCGAGAGUUGCCCCCACCCAAAUCCCCCCUGAAGCUCAUAGCAAAUGCCAUCCUUAGGUCUCUGCUCCCCAACUCUGAAGCUGGAAAGAAGACCAGCCCGAAGCCAGAGUCCAAAACUUUGCCUAGGGGCCAGCCACAUGCUCGUUCGUUCAGCCUCCGGAAACUGGGUUCCAGUAAAGAUGGGGACCAGCAGUCUCCAGGGAGACACAUGGCCAAGAAGGCGUCAGCAUUCUUCUCUCUGGCUUCUCCAACAUCUAAGGUUGCCCAAGCCUCAGACCUUAGCCUUCCCAACCCCAUCCUCCGCAGCCGGAGUUUACCUAAUCGUCCAUCCAAGAUGUUCUUUUCAACCACACCUCACAGCAAGGUUGAAGAUGUCCCCACACUCCUGGAGAAAGUGAGUUUGCAGGAUGCCACUCACCGUCCAAAGACAGGAGCCUCACCUAUUUCUUCCCUUGGCCUCAAAGAUAAAUCCUUUGAGAGUUUUCUCCAGGAAUGCAAACAAAGAAAGGACAUUGGGGACUUCUUUAAUAGCCCCAAGGAGAAGGGGCCACCAGGGAACAGAGUCCCAUCCUUGGAGAAGUUGGUACAGCCUGUUGGCAGCACCUCCAUGGGACAGGUGGCACAUCCUUCUUCCACAGGGCAAGAUGCACACCCCGUAGCUCCAGUGACAGAAGCCACCUCUUCUCCCACCUCGUCCUCCGCAGAGGAAGAAGCCGACUCCCAGCUUUCCUUAAGGAUAAAGGAGAAGAUACCCAGAAGAAGGAGGAAGCUGGAGAAGCAGUCAGCUAAGCAAGAAGAAUUGAAAAGACUCCAUAAGGCUCAGGCCAUCCAGAGACAGCUUGAGGAGGUGGAGGAGCGGCAGAGGACAUUGGCGAUCCAGGGUGUGAAGCUGGAGAAGGUGCUGAGAGGAGAAGCAGAUUCAGGGACACAGGAUGAAGCCCAGCUUUUGCAGGAAUGGUUUAAGCUGGUUCUGGAGAAGAAUAAAUUAAUGCGAUAUGAGUCGGAGCUACUGAUCAUGGCCCAAGAACUACAACUGGAAGAUCAUCAGAGCAGACUGGAGCAGAAACUACGACAGAAAAUGCUCAAGGAUGAGGGCCAGAAAGACGAGAAUGACCUAAAGGAGGAGCAAGAAAUAUUCGAGGAGAUGAUGCAGGUGAUUGAGCAAAGAAACAAGCUCGUGGAUUCCCUAGAGGAACAGCGGGUCAAAGAAAGAACCCAAGAUCAACACUUUGAAAACUUUGUUCUCUCCAGAGGCUAUCAGCUCAGCAGGACUUGAAGUGCCCUUCCCCGCUGAAGCCAGAGAGCCAAGAACACCACACUUUCCCACCGAGGCACUGAAUUUAAAGCCUACUGCCUUAAAAAAAAUAAUAAAAAGAUAAUGAUGUCUCUUA